AUGGAGAUGACUAAGUUCUUCAUGAUGUUGGUUUUCCUUGGAACUAUCAUGCUUUGGAUCAUGAUGCCAACACUAACUUAUAAAAACAAGUGGCAGCCUUAUAUGCGUAAAAAGUUUGGAGCAUCAACUUAUUUUGGUGCCACAGGGACGACACUUUUCAUGUAUAUGUUCCCAAUGAUAGUCGUAGCUUGUUUGGGAUGUGUAUACCUCCACUUCAAGAAACAAAAGAGUCCACACAAUAUCGAUAGGGAGACGAAGCGAGGAGUGUGGAGUACUGUUCUGAGAAAGCCAAUGUUAGUGAAGGGACCAUUGGGAAUAGUCUCACUUACUGAGAUAAUGUUCUUGGCUAUGUUUGUGGCUCUUCUUCUUUGGAGCUUUAUCACUUACUUGCGCAAUAAAUUUGCCACUAUCACUCCUCAAUCAGCCGCUGAAGAUGGCCAAUCUUUGUGGCAAGCCAGGCUGGAAUCAGCGGCGCUAAGGAUAGGGUUGAUCGGAAACAUAUGUUUAGCGUUUUUGUUCUUACCGGUGGCACGUGGCUCGUCGUUGCUACCGGCGGUGGGACUAACUUCGGAGUCAAGCAUCAAAUACCAUAUUUGGCUGGGCCAUAUGGUCAUUGCAAUUUUCACCGCUCAUGGUCUAUGUUACAUCAUCUAUUGGGUCUCUGUGCAUGAAAUCUCCCAGAUGCUCAUGUGGGAUACAAAAGAUAUAUCGAACUUGGCCGGAGAGAUAUCGCUGGUGGCAGGGCUUGUGAUGUGGGCCACCACAUAUCCAGCGGUAAGGAGGAGAUUCUUCGAAGUCUUCUUCUACACGCACUACCUCUACAUCGUCUUCAUGCUCUUCUUCGUCUUCCACGUCGGCAUCUCUUACUCGUUCAUCUCUUUUGCCGGUUUCUACAUUUUCAUGGUCGACCGUUUCCUAAGGUUUCUCCAGUCACGUGACAAUAUUCGCUUGCUCUCUGCUCGGAUUCUUCCUUCCGACACCAUCGAGCUCACUUUCUCCAAAGACCCUAGGUUGGUUUAUACCCCGACGAGCAUAUUGUUUGUGAACAUACCGAGCAUUUCCAAGUUGCAGUGGCAUCCAUUUACGGUAACUUCGAGUAGCAACCUUGAGGCAGAGAAGCUAAGUGUUGUGAUCAAAAGCGAAGGCAAAUGGACUACUAAGCUUUACCAGAUGCUUUCUUCUUCUAAGAAGAUAGACCGCCUCGCUGUUUCUGUCGAGGGUCCUUACGGCCCUGCUUCCACCGAUUUCUUUAGGCAUGAAGCUCUGGUUAUGGUGUGCGGAGGAAGCGGGAUAACUCCAUUUAUCUCUGUCAUCCGUGAUGUGAUCGCAACAAGCCAAAACCAAAAAUGCAAAAUCCCCAAAAUCACUCUCAUUUGCGCUUUUAAGCACUCUUCAGAAAUAUCAAUGCUCAAUCUUAUCUUGCCACUAUCCGGUCUCCAGACUGAGCUAUCCUCUGACAUUAACAUUAAAAUUGAAGCCUUCAUAACCCGAGAGAAAGAAGCGAGAAGCGACGCAAGCUCAGAGCAAAUCAAAACUCUCUGGUUCAGACCAAAUCUUUCAGACCAACCCAUCUCAUCAAUCCUCGGACCAAACUCAUGGCUCUGGCUCGGUGGAAUUCUCUCAUCAUCAUUCCUCAUCUUUAUGAUAAUUAUCGGUAUCAUCACUAGGUUUUACAUUUACCCCAUCGACCACAACACCUACAAGAUCUAUUCAUGGACUUCAGAAUCCAUUAUAUACAUCUUAGCCAUCUGUGUGAGCAUCAUGGCCACUUCAAGUGCAGCUAUGUUUUUGAACAAGACCAAGUACGGUAACAACAUGAUCCAAGAUAAACAGGUCAAGAACGUCGACAUUCCAUCUACAACGUCUUCUCCAGUCCCGUAUUCCAUGAGAGAAAUUGAAAGUUCCCCACAAGAAUCGCUAGUGCAAUGCACCACCAUUCAUUACGGAGAAAGGCCUAACCUCACCAAACUACUACUUGACGUGGAAGGUUCGAGUGUGGGAGUUCUUGUGUGUGGUCCAAAGAAGAUGAGACAACAGGUUGCGAAAAUCUGUUCCGCUGAUUUGGCUAACAAUCUCCAUUUCGAAUCUAUCAGUUUCAGCUGGUGAUCGACUACUUAUUAUGUAUACCAUUGUUUUCACCUGCUGUGGAAGUUGCUUGGUUUGCAAGUUAAUAAUUUGGGUCUGUGAUUUGACCUAUAUUUGUGUCAAUGACCAUUUUCUGGUCUUUGUUUUUCAACGUUUGAUAUAUAUUAGUGGGACAAUCAAUACCUCCCAAAGUUACUCAACCCUUUCGGUUUGUA